UUAAAUUCUUUUUAGUCACUUUUAUUUACUAUAUAUAUACUUGCUCUCUCGCUUUAAUCUGUCUCCGUUGCCAUUUGAUUCCGUUUCCAGAUUUGACUGAAAUUAGCUACUUGUUUAACUCUGCUUCCUUUUUGAAAGGUUAGUUUUAUUUUUCCUGCUUUGGGUUAUCCUUCCAGCUGAAGGAGACUUCUGCUGAUAUAUGGUUUUGAUUAUGGCUAAAAUGCAUUCAAUGACACAUCACGGAUAGUUGCAUACUCUGGCGGUUUCCAUAAACAUCCUUUCCAAUCGACGUUGAUUUCUCAGCGCGCUUAGCCGUGUUGUUAUUUUCAACUCCGUGUAAAUAUGGUAUGGGGAUCUUAAUCGAUCUGCUUGGGCAAUUUCUCUUCCAUAUUCAUUCAUUGUAUUCUAUUUCUUCGUCUCCGACUUUUCAAAUGAGAGCAAUAUAGCUGCGAAGAUGAAUAUUAUAGCAGUAGCGGUAUUGCUGAUUUUGCUAAACUGUCGGUCGUUGUGCAUUUGCACGGCGCAGCGGCUUCUGGUGAACAUGACUGUGGUUCGCAAUGCUCCGGCUAUCGGAGCCUUUUGCUUGGAUGGAAGUUUGCCCGCUUAUCAUCUGCACAGAGGAUUCGGUGUUGGAGCACGCAACUGGAUUUUGCAGUUUGAGGGAGGUGGAUGGUGUAAUGAUUUGCAAUCAUGCUCGGAGAGAGCCAAAACACGCCGUGGAUCUACACGCUACAUGAACAAGCAGGAGGUCUUCUCCGGAAUCCUAAGCAACAAUGCCUCUCUAAAUCCAGACUUUUACAAUUGGAACCGAGUAAAGCUUAGAUAUUGUGAUGGAGCCUCAUUUGGUGGAGAUGCCAAGUUUGACAACGGGACGUCAGUCCUUUAUUUCAGAGGGCAAAAGAUUUGGGAAGCAAUUAUUCUUGACCUUCUCCCUAAAGGGAUGGGGCAGGCACGUAAGGCUUUGCUUUCAGGUUGCUCUGCUGGGGGUUUAUCAGCCUUUAUCCAUUGCGACAACUUUGCUAAGAUAUUACCAAAUGCCAGUGUGAAGUGCUUGAGUGAUGCAGGAUUUUUUCUUGAUGAAAAAGACGUCAGUUUGAACCACACUAUGAGGUCCUUCUAUGCAAAUCUUGUUACUCUGCAGGGAGUUGAAAAGAAUCUCAACAAAAACUGCACCAAUUUCUUCAGCAAUAAUCCAAAACUGUGCAUCUUUCCACAGUAUGUAUUGAGGUUCAUUACAACACCAUUCUUCAUCUUGAAUGCAGCUUAUGAUGUGUACCAAUUCAACCAUAUAUUGGUGCCUCCUUCUGCUGACUUGCUUGGACAAUGGAAGAGUUGUAAGCUUAAUACAGCAGAAUGUAAUGCAAAACAGAUAAACAUAUUGCAAGGAUUCAGGGGAGAUAUGCUGGUAGCCUUGAGAUUUUUCUUCAAAAAUUCCAGUCAGGGAGGAAUGUUUAUAAAUUCAUGCUUUGCUCAUUGCCAAAGUGAGUCACAGGACACAUGGUUUGCAGUUGACUCCCCUAGGAUACACAACAAGACUAUUGCAAAAGCAGUUGGUGAUUGGUAUUUUAAUAGAGAUGUAACCAAACAGAUUGAUUGUCCGUAUCCUUGUGACGCUACCUGCCAUAACCUCAUACCAACAGCUCUGGUCCCAUAGAUGGUUUCAAAAUAUACACGGAGAAAAGAUUUAUUCUUGCAAGUUUUCCUCUUUCUUCGAGUAUUGAAGAUAGUGGAGUAUACAGAAAUGGGAAAGAGUAUAGGAAGAGAUACUAAAAGGAAGUGAAGAUAGCGAUUCAUGGAUAUUUAAGGAAAUUUUAUAGCAGAAGAAAUCGUAAAUGAAUCGAAAAGUACAGAUUCAGAGUUUUACAAGUUUAGCAGGAGGCUUAAAAGCAAAGAAGAAAAGUUGAAUUGUUCUAUUAGCCUGAACAAUCAAGGAGUAAACAUGUUCGCAUUCAUAAUUGUUGAAUGAAAUUGAUUCUGGUUUAUAAAUGAUGAGAUAUUGAAAGGGCCA